UUUGGACGAGGAAAAGAAAAAGAAGAGUUGAUCUCCCUCCUGUACCUCCAUUGGCAAGGCCUAGCUAAAAAAAAAGUAAAAAAGUGAAGUAGGCUCGGCUGUUGCAGCGGAAAUCCAGGUUACGUGACGUUAGUUCUCUCUACUAUUGAUUUGGCAAUGGUUCACUAAGUGGCACAAAGCUCCGAAUGCUCAACAGUGUUAUUACUUUAGGUUUUCAUUGUCAAUAGACACACUGUUUGACUGUUUCAAAGUACAGUCAUAGUCAUAGACCAAGACCAGGAAAGAGAAUCAUGAUGGGGCAAUUUCAAUUUAGAACUGGAUCCACGUAAAAGAGGCUUGAAUUGGGAAUCAGUUUGAGACGCUUUUUCUUUUUCUAUUUUUUGAGUGCAGAGAAAGUUUUACAGCCUCAACACUCUCUGCAGCAUAAAGCAAUGCUUGACGUUCUGGAAAAAGCAGAUGAUCUUUAUGGAUCAUAUGAAAUUGAACAGCUGUAUGAAUAUCUGCUUGAAUAUAAAGAGGUAUCUAAUGAUGAAAUUCAAUGGCGCUUGGCACGAGUGACCCACGACAGAGCAAAGCAUGAAAAGGAUAAACAAAAAAGACAAAACAGCAUGCUUGAAGCCUUCUCUUAUGCAGAAAAAGCAUUGGAGCUCAACUCGGACAGUCCACACUGUCACAGGUGGUAUGGUGCCUUACUUCACUUCACUACUGAAGGAAUAGGACUGAAACAUAAGAUACAGACAGCAUACAAAGUUCGGGAACACUUUGAUAAAGCCUUGGAGCUUGAUCCAGAUGAUGGGAUCUCCCUUCAUUCUAUUGGUUACUGGUGCUUUGUGUUUGCGGAGAGACCUUGGUAUCAGAGAAAAUUAGCUUCAGCUCUCUUUGAGUCGCUACCUGAAACUACCUAUGAUGAGGCACUGGAGUGGUUCCUGAAGGCAGAGGAAGUUAAACCAAAUUUCAUGUGCACCAACUGCCUAAUGAUUGCAAAGACUUACAAUCGUUUGCACAACAAAGAGAAGGCUUUGGAAUUCCUGAAGAAAACGCUGGAGUUCAAGGUUCGAACCCCUGAUGAUGAAGAGUCACACAAAGAAGCAGAGGAAAUGCUGAAGCAUCUAGGACAUGGUCACUUGGCUCAUCAACUGAAGGAGCUGUUCCAUCCCCACCAUCACAAGUAGAUUACUUAAACUUACCGGUGAUUGGCACUUUUGUGCCUCACACUGAAAUGUUCUCUUUUCUUGCUGGUGCUCUUUGGUGGUUUGUUAAGACUCUUUGGAUUUGGAGGGAAAUGAUUCCCUGCUUUUCUUUAGUGAAUUGUUUUAAUGUUUGUUUCCUUUUGUGAAGUUCCCUCAGAUGUUCAAUGAGAAAAGUCUGAUUCAUUAUGUCUGAUUUAAUUGAUAGUAAUGGUAUUUUUACCAUUGCUGCUUUCACUUUCAGAAAACGUUGUUGUUUGAAAAGGAUGAAGAUCUCAGUAUUUAAUUCAGGAUGAUAAUCAUUCUUAAACUUUGUUUAAGGAUUUUGAAAAACUCAUUUUACUCUAUGUUUAUUUUAACUCCACUCUUUGUUAUGUAAUGAACAAAUAUCUAAUAUCUUUUUACCUUGUGUAUUCUCAAUCAAUGCAAAUACUCUAGAAGAUUUAGGAGUGUUCAUUUUAGAAAAUAUUGGAUGAUUUUUAUUCAUGCAAUGUCCAGUAUGGUUUUCACCAUUUUGAUAGAAGUUUUAAACUUAGCACUUACCUUCAUGCAAUUUUAUUGCCAUAAUGCACAAUGAACAAAAUGUGCACCUUAGGCGAUACACCAGGAAAAUAUAUUAUUUUCCCUGUCACUGAACAAAUUUGUUACAAAUGUGCAGCUUUUCAGGAUAAUUCUCAACGAUAUUUUGUGCAUUCUCUUCUCUGAGAACAUUGUUGUUUGUUCUCUGUGUCCACUGUUGUGUUCAGAACAAAACCUUCACCGUGUGAGCUUCACUAGAAGCUACUUCCCACCUUUGUAAAUUAUGUGUAGAUGGUUUUGAACACAAACCAUCUAAGUCGCAGUUGUUUUUUAAAAUGAUACAUGUUAUGCUAUCUGGUGAACAAGUGUGUAGGAUUUGCAUUUUUCAGUACGGUACUUAUAUGAGUGUUUUAACAUUAGAAGCAAUUUGGUAAAUGAAAAACUGGAUAUUUCAUAGCCUCUUCAAGUCAGAAACAUGUCUGAUGUUUAAAUGGGACCUGACUUGAGACUCGUAACUCAAAGGAAUAAUGUAUUCUUUAUUCUAGCCACAUGUUUGGUCUAAUAGAUGUGUGUAUUUUACUGGUUUUAUUGUAGUUGUGAUAACCCUAUUGUCGAGCAGCCGGUCUGUUGGUUCUAUUUAUUUCUGAUGCAAAAGCUGCUCUCGCAACAAAAUGAGCUUUUCGGAGUUAACUUAAGUGGUUUGUGCCCAAGACUAUUGUGCUUUGUUCUCACUGCAAGUUAUGUCCCUUUUCUCUGGUGCUCUUUUUCAGCUUUAAAAACUCCAGUAUUCUACUAGUUUCUCUUCAGUGAGAUAUGUUGAAUAUCUGUCUCCAUGAUGUGUGUGAAUUGUAUGCUUAAAGGUAGGCUACAUUGUGUACUUGGCUCUAUGGCUUAUCAGGUUGUGUGGAUACGGUUUUAGUAUCAUUUUGGACAAAAACUGUCCUCUUUUAAAAAAAAAUGAAAAACGAACUCUCAGAAAAUGUUAAUACUCAAGGUGGUGUAGGAUGCUACAGCUUGAAGAAUGUCUGCUUUGUCCUUGUGGUUUGAUUUUUAAUGUACAUUUAAAUGUCAAUGUCCUCAUCUCGCAUUAUGUGAUAUAAAUAUAUGAUUUAACGAUGGUUGAAAAGGGAGGCUGUGUAUUAUGGAUCAAUAUAGAGCUGUACGUUUCUACAUUUUAUUAAUUGUGUUAUGAUGCUCGUAGACUUUGAUAAUAAUAAAAGUAAUACGAUAUUUUACACAAUUUUUGGGUCCAGUAGGUGUCCUUGCUUAAAAGAAUAGUUUGGGAAGCAAGCUAUUUUUGGAUAAUUUCUAACCAUUUGUGUCACGACGCGGUGGAAUCAGGCGCUCGUCAAUUUUUGUGCAUAUGAAAUAAUUGGUAUCAUCUUAAAGCUUAUUCAUUUAUCUUGCUUUUUAUGAAAAAAAUACCCAUAUAUUUUGAGCAGAAGUGAAGAUCUAUAUACAUACUAUAUAUUUGUGAUUAAGAGGUAAGUUCACUUGAUUUCAGCAGUAAAAAUAGGGAAAUAAUGGCUGCCAAAAUUUGUUAACUUUGAUAACUAAAAAGUCCUUGGAAACUGAACAAAUACAUAUUUUGAGCUUUUAAUCAAUGUUUUUCAAUGUAAAUUAUGAAAUGUGUUUUUAUUCGGAGAUAAAAGGGUUGAACAAAAACCCACAAAAUUGCGAAACUGGUGGUAAAAUGCCUGUUUCUCCAAUUUUGUUAUUUUGAAAACCGCCUGAUUUCACCACGAUGCCUCACAUAUAACUUAACACUUCCAUUUCUACGCAGUUUUUCGUGAUUUCUUAGUUUUAUUUGAAAAUUUCACAAGGUUAUAAACUGAAUCUCCAGACAUGUCAGUUCUACUCAAAACAAUAAAUUUCUGAAAUUAAGUCAUCAUAGUUUUACGUUUCCUGUAUAGGUAAGAAGUGCAAAAUUUGAACUAAUACUAAUAUAGUAAAUAACUAGUACAAGUUUUUCUGCUUAGAGUGAAUAAUGACACAGAAAAUAAUACCAGUGUUUACCUAUGCCCUUAUAAGUCUUAUGUUUACCUGGUCCAUUGGUUGUGCUUAGAUUGAAACCUAGAAAUUGCUUGUCCAUGCUUAACUUAAUCGCCUUUGGAUCUCCCGAUUCAAUUUUGUUGCAGUCGAUAUGAAUGGACAAUUUUCGCUUGUUUCAAUUUCUUUACACCCCCCCCCAAAAAAAUAAAUAUAAUUUUAAAAAUCCUGUUGCUGGGUGUGGUUUUUACAUUUCAUGAUAAUAUCUGGUUUUGUGAUGAUGAGAAGGAGAAGUAUAAUUAUAAAGGAAAUGAAUCUUAAACAUGUUGUACAUUUUAAGCGAUAUUGCUUUAUUAUUUCUUGCACCACGGAAGUAAUAAUCUUGACUUGUAACAAGGGGUUGGUACUUUCAAGUUCUACACCAAUGCAAAUUGCAACAAUGUCCUUAUAUGUGUAUUACACGUGAACUUUGUUUUAUACUUGUUAUCCUAGUCAACAGUAAUUUAGUCUCAGGAUUUUAUAUCGGAGCGCUUAGUACUCUCUGUGUGACAAUAAUUUUUUUUAUAUUUUACUUUUUGAUAUCGUCUCACUGGUAAAAGUUAUUGUUGAUAUUUAAAUGAUUUUUCAUUCUCUAGUGUAGUGGAGUCCUUGUAAACCGGUCACGGUUAAUCUGAAAACAGUGGUAAGCUGAAAGAAAAGAGAAUCCGCAAUUUUUUCCAUCUCAGUCUUUUAAGAAAAAGGUCGAUUAGCCAAAAUGCUCCUUUUUCAAUAUCGAAAAGAUUUUUUUUUAGGGUUAUGUUACAUGGAUCUUCACUAAUAAAAUAACCCUCGGGCAGUGCAAAUCUUGAAGGCUUAGACUCCUCUAGACAGCAAAACAGGAGACAGAUACAAGAAAGUGCAGGAUGUAUGUGUGUUGAUUGCGGGCCAGAGAGAGAUGUCGCCAGUGUACUGUUUGCCUAUGUUUAUUAUACCCAACAUCAUUAGGCCCAUGCACUGUGUCUAGGCCUAUUGAUGCAAGGAUAGCGAGUCAUGUAUUGUUAGUCAUGGCCUACUGUUUCUGUAUUUAGGUCAUGUAGGCUCUACGUAUGAGCACUUUUCAAUGAUUCACUGGCAUGUGAUGUGUUUCAUGACAUCACUGGCAUUGUUGAACCUUGCCACUUCUCUAGCCUAGUGCUGAGCACAGUACUGUGAACUGGACUAAUCUUUUGUCUGUUUAGCAGAUAUCUCUCUAAAUCGGCUGUCCCGCGGAUAUUGGUUUGGGAGGCGCCACUAUUGGUCAUUGGUUGUUAGUGAUAAAUGUUUUUUUUUUUUUUGUUUGUUUGUUUUUUAAACUGAUUUUUACAUUUGGCAUGCUAGAUUAAAUGUGAAUUCUCCAGAUGCAGUGAAAUGUUUUAUUUAAGCUUCAUUUACUGAUUUGGUUGGUUGGGGCUUUUUUAUUUAUUAGUAUUAGUCCUUGCUUUAUUUCUGAUCCAUUUAUGUUUGUUGAAUGCCCAUUUUUUCACAAAGUAUAGGUAUUCUAAAUCACUAGAUGUAUCAUAAUUUAUAAUUUUGUGCCACUCAUAUAUAAACUUUUUGUCUAGUAGUUACGUAAAGGGUUUCUUUUUAUCAUCACCUUUAUAUUACAGUACUUUUUUCUGCAUUUUGUGGACCAAUUUUUUUGCAAAAUUGAACGAUAGAUCUAUUUGUCUUUUUUCACAAGCUGUUAUAAACAAAAUUGUUUCCAAUGUAUGUCAUGAUACUCUCACACAUGGCAGUUUAAAAGGCCUUAUUAAACAGUAGAUUUCCUUUUGGAAUGGAAAAACAUAAACAAUUCUUCAUUAUCACAAACAAAAAAGAAUUAUGCAUACAUUUCACAAACCCUCUGAUGUAAUAAAGUAAAUGGAAACUUAAUUUAGAUGUCUGUUUAGAUGCCCUCUUCGGGUAAAUGAAAUGUUGUAUAAUUUGUUUUAAAAUGUUGUCAUGUGUACUACAGGCAUUCUUUUCGUAGAUCGUACAUGUUUAUAUCCUAAAAGCUGUGAAAAGUUAUCUGGACUUUCACUAUUAUUAGGAUAUUUACUGUGCUAGACUUAGAUUUUCCACAAUCUGCAUUUUAAAAAUAAUUAUUCCUGACUGAUCUAAUUUUGUCUUAUGUUACCCUGACACUGAUAAUGGCUUUAUUGUCAAGUAUACCAACGCUGAAAAUCUGGGAAUAGACUUACAUUUUACAUGUAACUUCCCAUGCUAUUAUACUAUGAAUAAGAACAUUUUUAGAUAAAUGUUGAAGUUUUUAGAUUGUCAGACCCUGAUUUCCAAUCACAUGGUGCAUUUUAAAAAAUAAAGUGCAAGUCUUUUGUCUUUUGAAAGACAGCAAAAUUAGUUAUCAA